CCCGUUUGAGCCGAUUAAAUAAAAUAAAAAAUAAAAAUAAAAAUAAAAAUAAAAAUUCGCUCGCCGAGAUCCCAAAGCGCAGAACAAAGAAAGGACGAAGACUUGGGCCACCACCGUCGAUAGAAGACGAAGACGAAGACACACACAGAGCAGCGACGAUAUGUGGAAUCUUCAGCAGAUACAGCGUGCGCGUGUCCCGGUUUCCUCCGCCGCGGUGCCGGAUUUACCGCUCACAGCGGCGUUCAUCGACGCUGUCUCCGGUGAUCUCAUCUGUGCCUUUGGACCCUCGACGCCGGUCUCCGACAGCAGCUCUGGUCUUGAGCCCGAUGAAGACGAUGGGUUUUCGCUGCCGCCGACAAUCGAACUGCAGCGGAUUACAAAGGACGGGCGGGUUAUCCCUCUCGCGUCCUGGGAACCGGCAUUCUCGGAUGAUCACGUUCUCGAUCUGCGGUUCUUCCCUGACGAUUUCUCCGCCGUCGUCGUCUGCGCAAAAGGCGAUAUAGUUCUGGUCAGCAGCCCUUCGCGCGCCAAUGCAGGCGCUGCUGCUGAAACAGACUCGAAUCUCGACGUGUCCGUCAUCGACGACGAAUUCCUCGAGCUCGCGGUCUCGAUCGUGGGCUCGAUCGACGCCGGCAUCGCGGCCGCCUGCUGGAGUCCCGACGAGGAAGUCCUCGCGCUCGUGACUGCCGACAACAACCUUGUACUUCUCAACCGCCACCUCGACGCAAUCGCCGAGAAGUCACUCACAUCGUCGGACUUGAAAUCCUCGCAGCAUGUCUCGGUUGGCUGGGGAAAGAAGGAAACACAGUUUGAGGGCAAAGGCGUCAAGGGUAUGCGCGAUCCUACCGUACCCGAGAAAGUUGACGACGGCGCUCCAGGUGCGCUUGAUGACUCGAAAACUCGAAUCUCGUGGCGGGGCGAUGGACAGUAUCUCGCAAUCAAUUCUGUCGACACAUUUACAGACGACCAGGACAGUGCCCUACAGAGAUGUCGACGGACAAUCAGAGUAUAUAGCCGAGAGGGAAAUCUCGAUAGCGUAUCAGAGCCUGUCGAUGGACAAGAGAGCUUCCUUUCCUGGCGGCCGUCAGGAAACCUGAUUGCAUCAGUCAAGCGGGAGAUUGACGGCGACGAACGCAGGCUCGAAGUCAUAUUCUUCGAGCGCAACGGCCUGCGCAGAGGCGAAUUUACCACUCGACUAUUUUCGGAUCAAAAAGUGCUGGAUCUGCAGUGGAACAGUCAGUCUUCUGCCCUGGCGUUGUUGCUGAAUGAUAGACUACAGAUCUGGACGAUGAAUAAUUAUCACUGGUAUCUGAAGCAGGAGGUGCAUAUGCUUAAGAAUGAGUCUGUCAGUUUCAUGAAGUGGCAUACCGAGCGUCCGCUCACUCUGAUUCUUGCCAGCAACAAUGUACUCGAAAUCCACGAAUUCUCAUGGGACUUAUUCGAGGGCACAAAGAACCCCCCCUACGAUAUAGGAAUGACCCUCGUCGCCGAUGGCACCAGCCUGAAAAUCACCCCUCUCGGCAUCGCAAACACCCCUCCGCCAAUGUCAUUCAGAGACAUCGACCUCGCGGCACCGGUAGUCUACGCAUCCUCCAACAGCAACAACGAACUGAUUGCGAUUCUAGAGCACGGAGCACUCGAGCUGGCGAAAUGGAAAGUUGUCGACGAGCGGCUCAAGAGCGGCACGCCUGUGGUUUGCAAGACGACACCACUGGCUGAAUUUGUCGGUGGUAGUCAAGCUGCGGCGAGGAUUGUUAAAUUUGUUGGACGCGACGUCGCGGCGUUGCUAGUCGACUUUGAGAAAUCUUGCCGGCUUGUGCUUUUGAGAUUCAAGUAUGACCACGAGAGCGAGGUCAGCUACUCUGUGUUGUAUAGCGAGGACUUUAAGAUCCCGGUAACUACCCUAACACCCCGGGUAGACGACAAGGCUGUCUGCAUUGAAUUGGCAACAGGAGAGGUUCGGCAGGUUCUGAUUUCGUCUGCUGGUGAGCCGAUCCUACCUUCUGCAAAGAUUGCAGAGCUUCCAGAGAGAUGCGUGACUAUUUCUGCUGCUGUUCUGCGACAAGAAGCAUUUGACGACAUCGAGAAUGUGGCGGCGGAGGAGAAAAUCGUCGUCUUUGGUCUGACGGCUAGCGGACGGCUCUACGCGGGACGACAGAGGCUUAGCGCGUCUUGCACGUCAUUCAGCGUGACCGAGACGCAUCUCGCGUUCACCACCGCACAGAACCUGUUAAAAUUUGUGCAUCUCUCAACGUCAUCCACCGCCACCGGGUCCGAUCCCGAACUCGACGUACCGGCCGACGUCGCAGUUGGCAGCAACACCGCGACCACAAUCGCAGACGAGCGGUGUCGUGCCGUCGAGCGCGGCGCAAAGAUCGUCACCGUGAUUCCGUCAAAGGUGUCGGUUGUGCUGCAGAUGCCGCGGGGGAAUCUCGAGACGAUCUUCCCGCGACUGCUGGUGCUUGAAGGUGUGCGGAGGCAGAUUGAGAAGCUCGACUAUGCGGGCGCGUUUUUGUCGUGCAGGGUGCAUAGGGUCAAUUUGGAUAUUCUUUACGAUUAUGAUCCAGAACUUUUCAUCAAUAAUGUGGAAGGAUUUGUUGAUGCGUUGGGGAAGGUUGAGUAUCUUGAUCUGUUCCUGUCGGGUCUAACCAACGAGGACGUCACAAAGACAAUCUACAAGGAAACCCUUCCAUCCGCUCAAAAGUCACUGCCAGACCAGAUGUCUGGCCUAUCACUAGACCCCACGCCAAAGCCACCCGUCGAGACAUCGUCAAAAGUAAACAGAAUAUGCGAUGCGGUGCUGCAGGUUUUGCAGGCAAAGUACAGCCAGACGCAUGUGCAGUCGAUCAUCACUGCGCAUGUGUGCAAGGAUCCGCCUGAUAUCGACGCCGCUCUUAAUCUGAUUUCGGGAUUCGCCCGUGACGACAAUGCUAAACUGACAUCCGCGGUCGAGCACCUCUGCUUUCUGCAAGACGUCAACAAGCUUUACGACCACGCGCUCGGUCUUUACGACCUGCGUCUCGCGCUCAUCAUCGCGCGCCAGUCGCAAAAGGAUCCGCGCGAGUAUCUCCCGUUCAUGGAGAACCUGCAAAAGCAAGUCCCACUCCGACGACGAUUCUUGCUGGACACGCAUCUAGGUCGGAACGCAAAGGCGCUCGUGCAUCUUGCUGAUCUGAAGUUUGACGAGGACGGCGCUGAUAUCUUUAAUGAAGUCGAGCAGUUUGUGGUCAAGCAUAACCUGUACAAAGACGCUAUGAACAUAUACAAGUACGAGCCCGUGAAGCUGUAUGCGAUUCUCAAGCUCUACGCCAAGCACUUGCGAGCCAACAACGAGUUCAAGGAGUCCGGGUUGGCGUUUGAAUCGUUGGGAGACUACGAGGACGCGCUGGAGUCGUAUGUUUUGGGUUUGGACUGGCGGGAAGCUUUGGCGGUGUGCGAGCUGGGUAAACAUCAGAUUUCGUUUGACAAACGACAGAGCACGGCGCUGCAACUCGCAGAGGCACUGCAUGAGGCGCGGAGGUAUCAAGAAGCGGCGACGGUAUACGUCGAGUACAGACGUGAUCUGAAGGAGGCUAUUGCGUCGCUUUGCAAGGGAUUUCUGUUUGCCGAAGCGAUUCGACUUAUCUUGCUGCAGAACGAGUUCAAGUAUCUGGAGGACAUCAUCGAUCCUGCGUUAGUCGACGGGUUUAAUCAGAUCUCUGAAUUUCUGUCCGACUGUCGCAGCCAGAUCGCCGCGCAGCUUGCCAGAUUGCGCGAGUUGCGCGCAAAGAAAGCUCUUGACCCGCUGGCGUACUACGACGGGAUCGGCGACGGAGACGCCGAUGUGCCGGAUAACGUGUCGAUCGCGGCUACGUCGCAGGCGUCGACGUCGGGCCAGUCGCUGUUCACGCGGUAUACAGGCAAGACAGGCGGCACGGCUCAGACGGGGGCGUCUCGACGAACGGCCAAGAACCGACGACGGGAAGAGCGGAAGCGCGCGCGGGGGAAGAAGGGGAGUAUCUAUGAGGAGGAGUACCUAGUAAACUCGAUCCGACGGAUGAUUGAGCGCGUGAACGAGACGCGAUCGGACGCGCGGAACUUGAUUGAAUCACUCUCGCGGCGGGCGAUGCGCGAACGGGGAGUCGAGAUCCAGAGACGGUAUGUGGAGUUGGUUGAGGAUCUGCGCGGGUGUGUGGUUGAGGUGUGCACGGUUUCAGAGGCGGAUCGGACUAGGUAUGACGACGAUGGGAAUCGGUAUCUGAUUCCGGAGGUGCCGGUGCCGGUGGUGGAGGUUUUUGAGAAGAUGCAUAUUUUAGACUAUAAUUAGGCUACGCGUUAGGGAGAGUAAUUAAGG